GUUAACAUAACCAGUUUAUAGCUCACAUCUAUCAUGCAAAAUUUGAUUUGUGCUUCCUGGAUGCGAGAGAGAGAGGGGGAAGAGAAGGAGAGGGAGAGAGAGAGAGAGAGUCACUUGAAAUGCUAGUACAUUCUCGUGCGGAGGAAGAAGCGAGCAACCAUCCGCGGAAUUGCUCGAAAUAUCUGCACUUAUCAUUGAGCCCUCAUCGCACACGGGACGGGGAACCUUUUCUUUUGUGUGAAAACAGCCAAAAGUCCGCAUCGUUUCAGCACUUUGUCCCAUCAUCAUUUCGGCAGCUGUGGUGCCCAGAGCCCUCGGGGUGUCUUGUAUCUUCGCAGCCCCGUGAGGGCAGAUUUGUCUCGCAGCCUGUCAUCAACCCGGAGAGCCCGCAGCGCAGGAGCUGUAUUUGGAAAGUAUCGAUACAAUGAUUCCAAGGUGAGCUGACGUCCUGCUGUGUGCAUCUGUACAGCUGUGAAGAGCUUGCUGUUGUGAGGAAACUCCUGCGUGGGAAACGAAAAAUGUCUGCUGCCAACAUCAGCCCGCUGAUCUUUGCGCUGCUCCUCCUCUUACCCUUGGUUUCGAGGCAGCAGGUCCCCUCCAACUGUGUGAUCAAGAUGGAGGAGGAGAAAUGCAUGGAAAUGAUGGCCUUGGACGACCCAGAAUUUGGCUGCCCGUGGAUGUGGGACAACCUGACAUGCUGGCAGCCGGCCAGGAUCGGUGAGGUGGUCUCGGUCAACUGUCCCGAGCUCUUCUCACAGUUCAUGAGUGAAGAGGACUACGAGCUGGGCAAGGUGAGUCGAAACUGCACCGAGCUCGGCUGGUCAGACAUGUUCCCUCACUACAUUGAUGCCUGCCUGUAUGAAGAGGGAAACAACAGCCAGGACAUGUAUUAUGUGUCAGUGAAGGCUCUGUACACCGUGGGCUACAGCACCUCUCUGGUCUCACUCACCACAGCCAUGGUCAUCCUGUGCAGGUUCAGGAAGCUGCAGUGCACCAGGAACUUCAUCCACAUGAACCUUUUUGUGUCGUUCAUCCUGAGAGCUAUUUCCGUCUUCAUCAAAGAUGGCGUACUAUAUGCCGAAGAGGACAGCGAACACUGCUUCAUACACACUCUGGAGUGUCGGGCAGUGAUGAUAUUCUUCCACUACUGCGUCCUCUCCAACUACUUCUGGCUCUUCAUCGAGGGUCUGUACCUCUUCACUUUACUGGUGGAGACCUUCUUCCCUGAGAAAAGAUACUUCUACUGGUACAUCAUCAUUGGCUGGGGCACCCCCACAGUGUGUGUGACCAUCUGGGCUGUGCUGAGGCUACACUUCGAUGAUAUCGGGUGUUGGGACAUAAAUGACAAUGCUGCCAUCUGGUGGGUGAUAAAGGGACCUGUGCUGGCUUCAAUUAUGAUCAACUUUGUGCUCUUCAUUGGCAUCAUUGUCAUCCUCGUCCAGAAAUUGCAGUCCCCUGACAUCGGUGGAAAUGAAUCCAGUAUUUACCUGAGGUUGGCUCGCUCCACUCUGCUGCUCAUUCCUCUGUUUGGGAUUCACUACACUGUGUUUGCCUUCUCACCUGAGAACGUCAGCAAGAGGGAGCGUCUGGUGUUUGAGCUCGGCCUCGGCUCCUUCCAGGGCUUUGUGGUGGCCGUCCUCUACUGCUUCCUGAAUGGAGAGUAUAUCCCUCAAGGUGCAAUCGGAGAUCAAGAGGAAAUGGCGCAGCUGGACGGUGAACAGGUACUUUGCUGUGGACCUGAAGCACCGGCAUCCUUCACUGGCGAGCAGUGGGGUGAACGGGGGCACGCAGCUGUCCAUCCUCAGCAAGAGCAGCUCACAGAUCCGUAUGUCCAGCCUGCAGGCCGAGACCCCGGCCACCUGAGCAGCACCACUGGGGACACAGCGUCCGGUAAUGCCUCCGCAACCGGACCUGAAGGCACCAUACCUAUUAUGCCCACCCUCGUCCCGAUGACCAGCCUCACCAACCCGUUCCUCAACUCGUACCCCGACCCAUACCCAGACGAAACCAUGAUGGAAACCCAACUCAGCUCCAGCGACCCAGAGCAGCCUCUAGUCUGACCCGCCUCACCCUGAAACAUGAGCACACCUGAAUGUCAGGGGCCAAAUAAUGAAUCUCUUUACAUCUUGAUCUCUGAACUGGCUCAUGCUCUGGAGUGAAUAUAGACACUGCCCUCAUGCUCCUGAGCAGCCAAACACUUUCAAAGUGCAUGAAUGAGGAACCUAGUUUGUGUCUAGUGUAUCAGUGGGAUGACACAUGCAGAGCAAGCAUGGUUCUCUCUCUGUGUAUCCUGUAUUAGUGUUAAAGCUGUGCUGUGCUACACUAUUUCCUGCUGUGUAGCACAGAGGGACCAGGUUGUUACUGUGCCAUUCCAGUCUGUCUAUGAGUUUCAGUCCUUCCUCAACAUGUAUUUUAGACUCCAACUACAGCACAGUAUAUUCCUUUAAACAGAGACAUCACAGUGCCAUUAGAAAUGGUUCCGUUUUGGACAGACGCUGGUCACCCUAAUGUAAAUAUCUUAAAGUGGACUCCAUAGCUUUUACAGAUGAAGAUCAGUUAGUUGUUGUGUUGAUGCUGCUCAGCCUGUGUGCACAGUUGUAUAAGGAUUUUUAUGGCAUUGGAGCAGUCGGAAAUUACACUAGUGAUGCCUGCGUUACAGACAGAGGGCAUUGGGUUUAAAAGAAGCGGGGGAACCAACAGGCUUCAGUGUGUUGCAUUAUGGGAAAUGCAGUAUUAAGUGGUUAUGGAGCUUGCCCAAACCUGGGACUGUGCUGCUUCAGUUUUGACCAGUCUGUCUCUUGUGUGCCACCCUGGAGUGGCCAUUUAAGCAAGGUGACAAACCAGGAACACUAAUGUACAGUAAAAAACUUUUUGGUAAAUAUUUUGACCACAGUUUAAGAAAUGAAGGUUCAUACUCACAUCAGUGUUAAAAACUGUCACCUUUUCAUUAGUGACUGAGGUGAAGUGUCAGCUGAAAGCAGCUCUGGCUAUUUUCAGUCCAAUUAUACUGAGACUUAAAGAAGACAGCUAUGCCACGUCUAAACACAGUGCAGCACUCGAUGUACAAACAGUGACUCUGUCUGAACACAGUGUUAUUAACCACUGCUGGCAUAAGCCUUUGUUUCCUGUGUGAACUUUGACUGAUGUAAAUCCAUAUCAUGGGUGUUGGAGACAAGCAGACUGGGGAAUGUGGAGGAGAAACCUCACCUGGAACAGGUGAAGCCUUGGAAAAGCAGUAUUUGAGACAAGGACAGAUUUUCUAGUUUUGUGAAGUGCCAAAAAAAAAAGAGUAAAAACUAAACCAUACCAGGGUUAAGUGCUUGACUUAUUCUGGUGGAUGCCCAGAUGCUUAGGUUUGCCGGCUCCCCCCCCCACACACAAGCCUCUUUUGAACUCCCAGCACUGAAACAAGGCAUCAGAGAAGGAGACGUUUUAAACAGCCAUCAGUACAGAAAAUGUCAAUGAAAA